GGUGCAUUGUGGGGAGGAAAGUCGUUGCCAUUCGACCUCUGCGGGGCCUGCGCGGACGCAGCGAGAACCCUGAAAUUCAUUAUGCGUUUAAAACCUUUAUUUAUUUCCGCAUAACCUACAUACUCUCACCGGGAGGGCCACAGCGGAGGAAAGAAACGACGACGGGCCAUCUCUUUCGGAACAUACAGCCUAUACAAUCACGUUAUAUCUGAGUCGGAGAGGAAUACUGUUGAGAAAGUGAAGCUUCUAAAAUAUAUUAAGAAAAAUGUCCGGUGAGAGAAACCGCAGGUCGCUGGCUUUCCGAGGAGGUGGAUUAGCUGGGUUAACGGGUUCCAGCGGUAUCGGCGGGGGGAACUGUAACAGCUGGGAGGCCCCGGCCUGUCAAGACCGACAAUUUAACGGGAACAGGCCGGAUCAGGAGGAGGACAGGGAUCUGGGGGCUAAAGGAUCAUCGCAGAAGAGAGUGGAGGGCGCUGGGUCUGUCAGCGAUAGCACGGAACCCGAGGCGGAGGAAGAAGAGGACCCGGAAGGGGGGAACUGGGCAGCCGGGGACGGCGACGAUCGUGUCGGCUCGGGAGAAGGGGAGGACGGGUCCAGGGAAGGAGGGAGUAGCUUGACAGUGGGGAACGGUCCUAACAACACGGACGGUCAGGAGUCGGGAAGCGGUGCCACUGGAGGCGAGACGGGCUCCAGGAAAUCUGGUGUGGAGAUGAGACCGCAGACGCUGCUUCAGAAACACUCAUUAUUCCACGCUUCGUGGUUGCAAGAAUUUCCAUGGCUUAAAUUCUGCCAGGAGACCGGACUUAUGUCCUGUUCUUGGUGUCACAACAUUGCCACUAAAAACAGCGACGAGCUUGUUAAAGGCAGUCGCAACUACAAGCGGGCCUUGCUGUUGAGACAUCACCUGUCUGCUGAACACGGGAGAAAUGACCCAACCAAACAGGAGAUGGUGAGGCCCUCAGACAACGCCAGCCCCUCCACUAUCAGCUCAGAGGAAGACUACCGCAACAAGCCCAAUGAGAACUCAUACUGUUACCAGCUUCUUCAGGAGCUGGACAAGCAGCGCAAGAGCGGCAUCCUCUGUGACGUCAACAUAAUCGUCUCGGGUCAGGUGUUUCGCGCUCAUAAGAACAUCCUGGUGGCGGGCAGCCGCUACUUCAAAACCCUCUACUGUCUGACCAAGGGUGAGGCCCAGGACCAGGCCACAGUCACACACCUGGAUGUCGCUGCUGUGCAGGGCUUCUCAGUUAUCCUUGACUUCCUGUACUCCGGGAAUCUGCUGCUCACAAGCCAAAAUGCCAUAGAGGUGAUGUCUGUAGCUAGUUACCUCCAGAUGACGGAAGUAGUACAAUCAUGUAGGGCUUUUAUAAAGGACGCCCUGAAUAUCAGCAUCAAGCAGGAAGCCCCUGACUCAGUGGUCGUAGACUACAACAAGAGGCAGACAGUCGCCAAAGAUGGACAGAGAGGACUGGACCGAAAGCCAAGCAACUUCUGGGCCACUAGCAUCCUGUCAAAGCUGUCGAUCAAGGCAAGCAGCAACCAGGGAAAGGAAGCUUUGGAAGAAGACGAGGAGGGCAGUAGAGUGAAGGAGGAGAACAGCGAUAUAGAGGUGACUGUGGUUGGGAGUGAGGGCUGUGCCCUGAUGACCCCCGGAGCCUCUGGUAGCUGGGUCCACCACAACGACAACUCAUCUGAUUCAGCAGAGACCAAUGAGGCGCGGGCUGCAAGCGGCCAGGUAUUCGUCUGGAACGAGCCGACCACAGGUGGCGCUGCAGCAGCCCCCGCAGCAAUCAAAAGAGAAGCACCAGAUGCUGCGGCUGGAAGCGGGCGGAGGAAAAAGCAGACAACCACGCGGCGUUUUGUGUACAACUUUCCACCUGAGCCUGAAGAGGGAUUCGACGAGGGGAUGUUCAUCCAGCCUUCAGCCUCCUACCCCAGAGAGGACUUCUCCUCCCUCUCAGAAAAUGCUGAGCUGGCCAAUCAGAUCCAGUAUAGCAUCAUCCAGGACUUACAGCAAGGAGAGUCCUGGGAAAAUGGAGAGUCCUCGCACCUAGCCCUCAAUAAGCUCAAGUGCCCCCACUGUAACUACAUCGCCAAGCACCGGCGCACGCUCAAGAGGCACCUGAUCAUCCACUCGGGCGUGCGCUCCUUCAGCUGCGACAUCUGUGGCAAGCUGUUCACCCGCCGUGAGCACGUAAAGAGACAUUCCCUGGUGCAUAAGAAGGACAAAAAGUACAAGUGCAUGGUGUGCAAGAAGAUCUUCAUGCUUGCAGCCAGCGUCGGCAUCCGUCACGGCUCGCGGCGCUACGGCGUCUGUGCGGACUGCGCCGACUCGCACCAAGCUACUCAGGAGGGCCUGGAGGGCAUGGAGUUUCCUCGCGACGAAGACUUCGAAGGUGAGGAAGUGGAGGACCUGGAGGGAGAGGAACCCACCGACAACGACCAAUCAAACUGGGGUGAGAGCAACGCCAGUGCUGCCCCAGAAGAGGACUAAGAAUUUGAACAAGCUUGAGAAACAAAUUUAAAAAAGUUGAUGUUUAAUAUAUAUGUAUACAAAAACCUAGCUGGUAAACAAUCAACUCCAAAGUGCUAUCAAACCUUGAGGUUACUUAAUUGUGCAAGUUUAAUGACAAAGAGAUGGAUUUGAAAAGAAGAAAAGCUUUGGUAGAGUGGGAACUCCAAGAUGUACAGAUUUUAUUAUGUUAAAAUGUGUCCAACUCUGGGCCCAGUGCCCACAAGAGAAAGAAUCUAAUGAUGAAUAAUAUGAUGAAUCAGGUUUUGGUGAUGUAUUUUUAUUUCCUGUUGUUGGGGGGAGAGUUGGGUGGGGUGAUGUAGUUUCUUGAGUUGGGUUAGGCCAAUCAUCUAAAAAAGCGAAAUGUUAAUUAUUUAAUUUAUGAAGAGAGGUUAUAAUGGUCUUAUCAAAUGCUAUAAUUUUAUCCUGUUUUUGUCUGCAGGCAGAGGCGCAGUGUUAGCUGUAGCUUGCUGCACAAUCUGAAAAUAUAUUGCAAGGUGCUUGUGCAAAGUACACAGAAGAAGAGCAUUAUUGUCCACAGGAAGAUUUUUAACUUGCUUUGUAGAUCAUGUUUAGAUGCGCUAAAGAUUAUAUUAUUCUUUUCUCUCUUUUUUUUUUUCCUUUCCCUGCGCAAAUCUUGGAACCAAAAAAUCUGUUUUGUGACUCUAAUGUAUCUCAGCCAUAUUUAUGAUUAAUUUAAAAGGGCUGUGAUAUUGUGCCAAACAGACCGCACACCAAGAUUAAGCAGGAACAAAAACUACUGAAAACGCUUUAAAGAAAAAACAGACAACGUGAGUUUCUCUCUUUUUUUUUUCUAAGCGGGGAAAAUAUUGAUUAAAAAAAAAGCAAAAGUACAAGGGGAAAUGUUGCUAGCUUUAUACAAAUCACGGCGUCACAGUAACACUUUAUUAUUAUUAAACAAAAGCAUUUGACUUUCACUUAAAGCUUGAAUUUUGCCAAAUGAUGAAACGUUUGGUGCUGUAAUGCUUGUCGCAGAAUACUGGACCUAAAGGCUAUAUAUGAUGUUUAUAAUCAUAAAGCUUAAACUGACUCAGUUAUACAUAUAUGUAAUCAGCUCGUACUAUAGAACACUGUUGUGCUACGGCGACUAUCAGGUAUGCUUUGCCAUUGUUUUUAAGCUUUCAAUUUUAUUUAAUGCACACACACACACACACAGACACACACACACAGACACACACAAACACAUACACACACACCAUUUUGUAGAACUACCGGCAGUACUUGUUUUUUGACAUUUAAGGACCUAAGUGGACAUCAACACCUGUAUGCGUUUGUUUAUAUUUGGUACUGAGUAAAUACAGUUUAUAUAUUUAAAAUCACUUGAACCUUUUGGUUGUUUGGGGGAAGCAGUUGUGCAGGAAAUCAUGACGUGUGAUAUUUAAAGUCUGAAAGAACUCCAUUUUUCACGUGUAAAACGUACAAAAUGUCAUCGGUUUAAUUUGAUGUAAGUUUGUUUUUAUUUUUAAUUUUAUUUUUAGGGUCUGCCAGGUAGAAAAACACUUUGUUCCACAAAAAGUGAAGCUCUAUGGCGCCUCAUAGACAUGCACUUAAGUUUGUGUUCAUGAAAAUAAUUUUCUUUUAUGUUUCUUGGCUUCCCCUAAAGCGGGUCUGAAUGGAACUAUAUAAAAACUGUUGUGUCUUUCUUCCAAUGAGCAACUUUUUUAUUAGACUCUUUGUUUUUUUUGUUAUUUAAUAUUAUAUAUAUAUUGACUCCAAAUGCAAUCAAGACUGUUAAUUUCUAUUUGUCCAACCAAAAUUGUUGUUUUUAAUUAUUGUUGAGAUAUAAUGUAUGAGAAAGCCAGGUGAAAACUUGCUUAGUGUAGAAAAUCCUUGCUUGUGUCUGUAAUUGUCGAGAUUUUUAAAUGUUUUUAUGCUACAGAAUCAUUCACUUUACCUUAGAUGCAUAUUUCGUUUUAAUUUUGUCCUUUUUCCACAGAUAUCUCUUCUCUCCUUUGUUCUUUCAUUAAGCACAUAUUUUCUAAGGAAACACGGAUUGUUUGCGGGUCAAAACCUUGGAACAGCAGUAUCUGUUCAUAUGCAGUGGAUUAUACAGUAUGUAUUGAAGUGCUAAUGAUACAGAAGAUGUGUAACUUCCCUUUACUCUCAGUGGAAGAAGAUAUAUUUUAAGUCAUAGAGAUAUCCUGCCUCUUCGUGUCACUUUUACCUUCAAAUCACUGUGGAAGGGGUAAUAUUACACACAUAUAUAUAUAUAUAUGUUGAGAAUAUAUAAGAUAAAUAUAUAUAUAUAUGAAGAAUAUAUUAUUUAACUAGUGGAUUUAAGUAAUGGAACACAUUGACAGUCAGCUUUGGACCUCCUGGCGCUAUGGUUUAUUUCCGUGAACUUUAACCUUCCAUUUCCUGUCUCUGUUCACGCUGUGUGCUCGUUCAUCACACCAUCCUGUCCUCUUGUUUGUUCUUUUGAUACUAUUUACCAUCCUACUGAUUUUACUGUAAUGAAUGAAACUCAAAACGUUGAUGUAUCAUUUUAGAUUUUAUGCUGUAUUUGUUAUAUGGACAAAAAAACACCAGAGCAAAAAACACUACAGAUGUCAAGCAGAGGUUUUUUUUCCCCAGCUGUAUUUUUUUACGCUGUCGCAGAUGGUUGUAUUUUUCAAUCUCUUUCGAACUUUAACAGUGAUGCAAAACUCGGGCCGCGCCUCAGUGCCCUCUGAACACAAAGCAAAUUCAGGUUACUCUUUUUACGUUUUUAUCAAAGGUUUUCAAAGAUGGAACUACAUUCUCCUUUUUUCUGUCUGAAUUGUACUACUGUUCCUCUCUAUACUACAUUUUAAGAAUAAAACUUUGAUAUUGCUUUAA